AUGAACGCUGCAGACGAGGACCUGGACAACAAGCUCCAGAAGAUCUCGACAGACCUCCUUGCCGACCUCGACAAGGCGCUCGUCACUCAUAUCCGCAAGCCGGACGGCAGCGGUGGCACGAGAGUCAGGUCCUUUGUCCGCGCCCGAGAAGCAUUUGCGGCGACAUGCGACGUCAUUGACAACUUCCAAGAGCUUCCCCAGCUGCUCGAUCCGCAUCUCCCCAAAUGGAUCCCGUUCCUGGCCCAAUCUUACCUGGAGGACCUGACCACCCCGCGCCGCACCGCCGCGCGGCGCGAUGGCGGUGCCCGCUCCAAGGCCCUGGUGCCCGUCGCCUUCGCCAUCGCCAAGAUCCUCUACACCUUCUGCAAGGUGCGCGGCGAAAAGGUCAUUGUGCGCUUCCUGAACGCCGAGGCCAAGUACCUCGAGCUGCUGCUGUCCUCUAUCGAAGAGGCGGAGCUGCAAGCAGCCGCCGCCGCCGCAGAUUCGACUCAUCUUGAUCCCAGCGACUCGCUGUCCGCCACGCCUGCCCGGGGCUGGGCCUGGGAGCAGAGGUACAUUGUGCUGCUGUGGCUUUCGCAUCUCCUCUUCGCGCCGUUUGACCUUGCCACCAUCUCCUCGGUCGAGUUUGAGGAGGACGCCGCCCCUCGCGUCGAGGGCCUGCGCCUGCGGGAGACUCUGCCCGGCAUCACGCUGCGGAUCCUGCCGCUGGCCGUCAAGUACCUCGCCACGGCCAGCAGGGAGCGUGACGCCGCCAAGGCGCUGCUCGUGCGGCUGGCGAUGCGCAGGGACAUGCAGGCGCUGGGCGUGCUGGACAGUCUGGUCGACUGGGCUGUCGUGUCCCUGCGACCGCAAGAUGGUGCCGCGCCGCGCCCAGCUUAUUUUUACCUCGGCAUUCUCUCUUUUCUCGCUGGCAUCCUACGGUCGUCCUCGGAGACGUCCGACAUGAAUACCCAUCUGUCGACCGUCUUCAACGCCGUACACGCCCUCACAUUCAACGACACUGACGUGUCCAAGGCUGUUAAUGCGCUGGCGUUGGCACGCAAGAUGAUCAUCAAAGUCAUCCGGUCGGUGGUCGUGACGAGUCUGCGCAGGAGUAGUCAGGACAUGCAGAGCAUGGAAAUGACCGAGACGGCGAUUGGAUAUCUGCUGGAAAGCCUAUCUGACAAUGACACACCUGUGCGCAUGUCAGCGAGCAAGUCACUCAGUGUCAUCACGCUUAAACUUGAUCCGGACAUGGCGUCCCAGGUAGUCGAGGCUGUUCUUGAGUCACUCAACCGUAAUGUACUAUGGAACAAGGACGAAAUUAAAAAGGGUGGCCGGCCUGUACGUGAUUUAUCGGCCGUCAAUCAUCUAGAGUGGCACGGACUCGUCCUCACUCUCUCCCAUCUUCUUUACCAACGAUCACCCCCAGCGAAUCAGCUAUCCGACAUUAUCCACGCCCUGCUCCUCGGCCUAUCGUUUGAACAGCGUUCUCUAGCUGGCACCAGCGUCGGCGCCAACGUGCGCGACGCCGCCUGCUUUGGCGUCUGGGCCAUAGCCCGCCGCUACGCCACCGCCGAACUGCUCGCUGUGCCCACGCGCUCCGUAUUCGCGGCCAAGGCGCACCCGCCCGACAGCUCCAUCCUGCAGGUGCUCGCGACCGAGCUGGUGACGGCCGCCUGCCUUGACCCCUUUGGCAACAUCCGCCGCGGCGCCUCAGCCGCCCUGCAAGAGCUCAUCGGCCGCCACCCGGACACGGUCGAGCAAGGCAUUGCGGUGGUGCAGAGUGUCGACUACCACGCGGUCGCUCGGCGGUCUAGAGCCGUUAGACAAGUGGUGUUGAGCGCGACGCGGCUUGCCAGCCAGUACGGCGAUUCUCUCCUUCACGGGAUUCUGGGCUGGCGCGGCGUCGGCGACAUGGAUGCCCCAUCUCGGAGAGACUCUGGCGUGGCGUUUGGCGCUCUAACUACGGUCAUGCGAGAACACUCGACACAGGAAGAUGUUGGGCGCUUCGAAAUGUCAUUGAAAAUGGUACUGACUAGACUUGAAGGCUUGGCAACAAGGCAGGUCGAAGAGCGUCAUGGUUUACUUCUGUGCCUUGCCUCUAUUCUGGAUCAGUUCUCAGGGUUUCAAAAUUCUGGUGCAGCCAGUAUUCACACGGCCACGGCAGCAGUCACGGCGGUUUGUCAUGUCCUACAAGAUUGCCACGAAACGACUUACAGACGGCCGGAGCUUAUCGCGGAGGCGGCGAGUCGAGUCGCUGUGUCUGCUACCCCCCUCCUACAAGUGUUAAUAGGUUACAACGGGUUUGAGGACAAAGUUGAACCUGGAGCAGAGUUCCUGUCGCCCAGGUGUUCCGGCACGUAUGUCGUCGAUUUUCUCAACGCUGUGCGCAAGCACGUGCCGCGAAAUCCUGUCCUGGUGCUGUUUGUCGAGAAGCUUGCCGACCUUAUCACCGCGUGGCUCGAUUUUCCGGAGCCCGAGACCGUCGAGGCCGCCUCCACCACGGCCUUGCUACUGCUGGUGCUCUCGACCGAUGAGGACCGUACCCGGCGACUGCUUGAAUGGGCCAAGCUCGUGCAGCACCGCCCGGCGAGCCGCGCGACCAUUAUCGGCCAGGGCUACUUUCACGCGCUGGCCAUGGCGCAGCCGCUCGCGGAGGCGACAUCACACCACGCCGAGUGGGACGACGUGGUGAGCGAGGCCUUUGUCGCGCGCUGGAUCGCCGACCGACAGGUGGAAACGCGCGUGUCCCUGCUGCAGAGCCUGACGCGGACGCAGGUGCUGCGCAGCAAGCCACUCGCGUUCCUGCCGCUCCUGGCCGACGGCCUGAACGACUAUACGACCAACGCGCGCGGAGACGUCGGCUCGCAGGUGCGCGUGCAGGCGCUCAAGGCCGUCCAGGUGCUGUGGGCCGAGAUUGGUGAGACGACCGGGGAGGAGGAGUGGGUGGUGCAGUCGGUGAGGAAGCUGUUCUACAGCACGCUGCGCCUGUCGGCUGAGAAGCUGGACAAGGUCCGACCAGAAGCGCAGUUGGCGCUGUCCCUGACGAUGCAAGAAAGUGAGACAAGUAGUUUGAAUGACCUGUCGACGUCAUCGCAGCAGUAUUUUACGACGUUGCUCGAGCUCCUCUCACACGGCAAGCUUCUCCCCUCCGUCGCGGCCACCGCCACCGCGGACCCGGACUCCUGGACGUCGCAGCUCAUGGCCGGCCUCGUCACCUCCGCCGACACAGGCCAGGAGGACCUCGUCGUGACCAGCCGGGCGGCACUCACCGCCUUCUGCCAGGCGCGCCCCGAGCACUUGCAGCAGGCGUGCGGCGCGCUCGUCCGCAACCUCGCCGAGUAUCGCGCCGAGGACCGCGUCGUCGUGCCGACGCUCGAGGUGCUCGCGUACCUCUUCCACACGGGCCUGCCGCUGCGGCGGUCAGGGGGCGUUGGCCUGCGCGGGCUGUGCCUGCAGACGCAGAAGGCGGGCUACAAGACGGGCAACGUGCGCAAGAUCCUCGCUUGCGUGAGGGUGUAUGGCUGCGUUGUGGCAGAGGAAGGCAAGGAGGGAGAUGGGGGGCCGGCGGAGGCGCGCAGGAGGCUUGCGGCGCUGUUCUACCACCCGUGGCCGAGGGUGCGCAUGGCUGUCGUCGAUGAGCUUUGGGGGCUGAUGGAUGGAAGCGGAGAGGGCAAGGGUGGUAGUGCAGAUGUUCUUCUGGGCGUGGACUGGGGAAAGGCGGACAAGGGAAGCGUCAAGACCGUGGUAGAGAAGCUACAGCUAGUGUAG